AUGGCUAGUUCGACUAUGCCGUCUUCCAGCCUCCUCCGGGUAACUGUUCUCUCAUAUCUAAUCUUCAUUACCGCAAUAAUCAUCCUCGCGCUGUCUCUGGCCGAAAUUGUGAUGGAAGCGAAAGUCUUAACUGCCUUUUCCAGCGGUCUACAAGUCCAGCUACCGGGGACAAGUUUAGCAGAAUGGUUGUUUAUCCCAUUGCGUCCGAUGAAUCUGGAUACCGGUCCGACAGAAGCGAUUUUUGUGGCAGGUGCAUUCGGUGUGGUGUGUGGGUUGUUCGAAGUGGCAUGGUUGCUGGCUAUUUGGUUUGGAGUUAAGGGAGUUGUGGUUAGUAUCAUCAGAAUCCUGGGCCGCAUUGCCUGCAUCAUCACCUUUGCUGCCACAGCCGGCGACCUGGCUCUCUUAGCGUACGUCUUGGUAGUCGAGUCGAAAAACAAGCUACCAGACCUCUUCCUUCAAUGGCGGGAUUACGACUUCACGAGGGAGUACUGGGUCUGCAAAGCCCUCCCCAGUAGAAUCGUGAAUGCGGAAGACUUGUACGGCUUUCCUGUAUGCCAGCACGCUUUGAUGGGCACUUUAGAGAGCUGCGAGAUAUGUGCUUAUUCCGCUUUCGAUACUUUUAACCGUGCUGUGCGUGUUGAGUGUUGUGCAGGCUUGGAGAAGUGGAGUUUUGGGUUCUCUGAGAGAAUCGAAGAAUGA